AUGGAUCUCGACGGCGGGGAUUCUCCUUGGGGCGAUGUGCCCUCGCAGUCCACCAGCAACGUUGGAUCGUCGCGACCGGACACUGAAGGGACAGCUCCAGACCAAUCGACACAGCAAGACUCCCGUUCGACGGUACGACGGCCCGCACGGGGCAGAGGCAAGAUCAAUGCGCAAGCGACGAAAUUAGAAGCGGUAGAUGAUACGUUUGAUCCGCUGGGUCCGCUCGGGGACAAAGCCGCCGAGGCCAGCCCAACUGGCGCUGAACAAGCUCCUGUCCCCCCUCAGAAGGAAGCUUUUGCGGGCCGCAAUGUGCGUCCGACCUCUUCCGCAUCGGCGACGUCUAGCGCUGCUGGUAUGAUGGACUCUGUAAACCUCGAGGAGGAUGGUACAGGCUUCAGAAAUCCUCCGCCGGUGCAGCCGCCUAGUGAUGUCGAGGGUCAAAAGCGACAACAGCAGCCGAGCAUUAGUGUGGAGAAAGCCGCCAACCCAACUUUCGAUAUCACGGUUGGUGAUCCGCACAAAGUGGGCGACUUGACGAGUAGCCAUAUUGUGUACCAAGUUAGAACUAAGACGACCUCAAAAGCAUAUCGGCAACCUGAAUUCACCGUCAGCCGGCGCUACCGUGAUUUCCUCUGGCUUUAUACCUCUUUGCACAACAACAAUCCCGGAGUAGUUGUUCCGCCCCCUCCAGAGAAGCAGGCCGUGGGCCGAUUUGAUACCAACUUCGUCGAGUCAAGAAGAGCUGCCCUUGAGCGCAUGCUCAACAAGAUCGCCGCUCAUCCUAUCCUCCAGCACGAUGGUGACCUUAAGAUAUUCCUCGAGAGUGAGGCUUUCAAUGUUGAUGUUAAGAAUAAGGAGAACCGAGAACCCGAUCUCGGACAGAGCAAGGGAAUGUUCAGUUCAUUCGGAAUCAGUGUUGGUGGAGGUGGAAAGUUUGUCGAGCACGACGAUUGGUUUCAUGACCGGAAGAUCUACCUUGAUGCUCUUGAGAACCAACUCAAGGCAUUGAUGAAAGCGAUUGACACCGUUGUUGCGCAGCGCAAGGGCCUUUCCGAGGCUGCGGGCGAGUUCUCCGUCUCCAUCCAAGCAUUAGCCGCCGUUGAGUUAUCUCCAAUCCUUUCCGGUCCGCUGUACGGCCUCUCGGAUCUCCAGUUACGAAUCAAGGAACUCUACGAUCGACAAGCACAACAGGAUGUGCUGACACUAGGAAUCACAAUCGACGAGUAUCUCCGGUUGAUUGGCAGCGUCAAAACUGCUUUUGCUCAACGGCAAAAAGCCUACCAUAGCUGGCACGCUGCCGAAUCGGAAUUGCAGAAACGCAAGCACAGCCAAGAGAAGCUUCUUCGGCAAGGAAAGUCGCAGCAGGACCGCCUCAACCAGGCGAAUGCCGACGUGGCCGAUGCCGAAAGAAGAGUUCACCAAACAAGACUGCUGUUCGAAGAUAUGGGAAGGUUGAUGCGGAAUGAAUUGCAAAGAUUCGAGAAGGAGAAGGUGGAAGACUUCAAGUCUGGUGUGGAGACAUUCUUGGAGAGUGCCGUGGAGGCGCAGAAGGAGUUGAUCGAGCUCUGGGAAACAUUCCUCUUACAGCUGGAUGCCGGAGAGGAGGGAAAUCCAUUCUACCCGCCCCCAAGCGAACACAAUGCCCCUACGGAACCGGCACCGGAAAGUGCUGUUGAAACUGCUACAAAGCCGACCAACGAGGAGCAAUAA